GUUCUUCCUCCUCCCCUCGACUCGAACAGAGUCGAGCGCCGCCUCUCUCCUCAUCCCGAUCCCCUCCCUCGAUCUCCCUCUUCCCUCCACCAUUUUCGCGGAUCUUUGGGGCAAAUCGAAGAGGCCGGAACAUGGCGCCGCCACCACCACUUGAUGAGGAUGAUGACUAUGAAGACCCACUUGAGGAAACCAUCUGUGCUCAAAGAGUGAGGCUGAGCGAACGGGAGGUGUGCAACCUAUGGGACAACUUUCUGCCACGUGCUGAGUUGAUCGGGGCGCCAUUCGUGACCCGUCUGACAAGUACCAUGAUCGAUCGACAUGUCAUGAAAUUGCCAAAGAGCCUAUCUGAGAGUUGUGGCAUCGAGGCUGAUGAAGAAGGCUAUGCUGGAAUACGCCUUACCGCAAGGGGCCCCGUCACUACUUGUGCGUACGGCGUGGAAACGGACGGUCGCACACAUUUAAGUACAUAUGGGUGGAAGAGCUUCCUCGUUGACAAGAAUCUUCAUGUUGGACAGGCCAUCCUUAUUACUAUCAGGAAGACCAACCGUCAAGGCUUGAAGAUGAUGAUCGUCAUCGAUACCAUCUAA